AUGUCUACGAUAGUUGUCAAACGACAGCGAAUAGUGGCUGCGGUGGUUGCGUUGCUUGUGAUUGCCUCGCUUAUAGUCACCCACAGCUCCAAUCCCAAAAUCACCAACGACUUGAUCUCGUCGGUGAAAGCGUACACGGAAAAUGUUCCUGGGUUUCUGAACCCCAGGCCCGAAGAGAUCGAUCAGACAGAUGCACUGGCGUUUUUGGGCGACACGCUGGAAAUCGACCCCUUGGAGCCCCGGCCAGCGGUCAAUUACGACGACGAGGAUAAAGAAACUGUGCAGCCGGGCCCUGUCUUGCUGGGAGAAGCGUACCCCGAUCCAGAGACUUUCCCAGAGAUGCCACCAAAAACGUAUCCGAAGGUGGACUCGUUGAAGGAGGUGAAAUUCAGUGAGAAAUUGCCCUUCAGAAUAUACUCACAUAAUAUCAAGAAUGGUGGGAACCACAAGCUCGAGUUGGGUGAACCGGAAUGGGAGACACGGAAAGCUAUGGUGGUGGCUUCAAUUCGUGCUCAUGUUGUGCCCAACACGGUGGUGGCGCUUCAGGAGGCACAGAAGUUCCAGAUUGAUGAUAUUUUGGAAUCACUCAACUUGCUCGAGGAGCCGGGCUACCAAUGGAAGCUGUACGGCGCAGGGCGUAUCGACGGGAAGUCUAUGGGUGAGCAUGUGCCGCUAUUGGUGAGGGAAGAUGAGUUUGACGUAGUUUAUGACGAUACUUUCUGGCUCAACGAGAAGAAUCAGCGCAGACCGUUGGUUGGGUGGGACGCCAAAUACCCACGAAGCGCUACUUUCGUUACACUUAAACAUAAGAAGACUGGAGCUUAUUUUAAUGUGUUCAACACGCAUUUCGAUCACAAGGGUCUGGGUGCUCGUGUGGCGUCUGUGCAGCUUCUUAUGGAGAGAAUGGAGAAACUCAACGAGUGGCCCUCAUUCUUGUGUGGCGACUUCAACGCUAGACCAAACGAAGAUUGCUACAAAGAAAUCAAGCAGAAGUAUACAGAUGUGCAUUCCAUCACGUCUCCGUACAACUGGUAUGGCCAUCCUGAUUUUUCGGUGACGGGGUUCACGGGUAACUACUUGAAGGACGCAAAACGAAUCGACUAUAUUUUCGCUCCCAAGAGCGUGCUUAAGGCCCUGGGCAAGCUUUGUCUGAAGAAAGACGAAAAUUUGUCUCUCCAGCUAAGAGGGUACGGGAUGCUUCACUCUAAGUUUGGCGGCGUCUACAUGAGCGACCACAGGCCCCUUAUGGCAGAUUUUGUUUUGAAGAAGUGUUAA